AUGUACGGAAUAUAUUCAACUACUUCAAAAUUGAAUAAUUCCGAGGCAGUUAGGUUUGCUGUGACAUCUGAAAUGAUGCUGGCCAAAAGAAUAAAAAUCGAUGGCAAAGGAUUGUCUGCCAUUUUUGUUUCGAAUCACGGCUGA